AUGACGGCGUGGCGUCGUCGGGAACGCGUUGAGUCUCGAGCUGGCGCCGCUAGGAGCGCUGCCAUCGACCUCACUGUUGGCCAGCUGCCCAGCCUCAGUGUGGACGAGAUUACGGUGAAAACCGGAGAAGUCUCGGUUCAGGGUGUGGACGUGCACUACGCGGUGGCACUGCCCGAGGCGCCGCCGGCGGACGGCUUGACAUUCCUGCUGCUGCACGGCUCCCGCUUUUCGUCGGCCACGUGGCAGGAGAUGAAGACGCUGCGCACGCUGGCCGCGCUCGGCUACACGGCCGUGGCCAUCGACCUGCCUGGCGCCGGCUUCUCCAAAUCGCGGUCGCGCGGCAGCCUGCCGGCCGACGCCAGCCGCGCCGGCUUCCUGGCGGCCGUGCGCAGCGCGCUGGGCCUGAGCGGGCGCACGGUGCUCGUGUCGCCCUCGCUCUCGGGCGAGUUCUCGCUGCCGCUGCUGGCCGAGCAGCCCGGCUGGCUGGCCGGCUUCGUGCCCGUGGCGCCGGUCGGCACCGAGAAGCUUUCAGCUGAGCAGCUGCGCGCCAUCCGGGUGCCGACCGCCAUCGUGUACGGCUCAGAAGACCGCGGCCUGGGCGCCGCGUCGCAGCGCGCGCUCUCGGCCAUCCCGACGUCGACGGUGGCGGUGAUCCCUGGCGGCGGGCACCCGGCGUACCUGCACGACCCGGCGCUCUGGCACCGCGUGCUGCACAACUUCGCCCAGAGCCUGGCGCAGCUGGCCGCCCAGGUUUAG